GUCCCGGAGUUACGUUGGGGAAACAGUUGACUGCAACGAAGUGGGUCAACAAAACUCACGUAUGGAGGGAGACCGCCCGCUGCCGUGACUUUUAAGUUGUUUUUCAUACAUUUAGGGUGAUGUGUAACCUUUAUUCCGAGUGCCGUGGGAGCAGUUAAGGUAGAAAAUCGGCGUAGAAAAAAACAAGUGUGCACCUGUCAGAGCUAACUGCUGCUAACACGCGUGGACGGCGCAGGUGAGCCAGGUGAGCCAGAAUACAGAAAGGUGAGCCAGGUGGAGCCAUGUCGUCCCCUUCCUCGUCCUCCUCCUCCUCCGGCGGCUCCUCCGCCUCCAGGCGGCAGUGGUGCUACCUGUGCGACCUGCCCAAGAUGCCGUGGACGGUGGUGUGGGACUUCAGCGAGGUGGUGUGCCGCGGCUGCGUCAACUACGAGGGGGCCAAUCAGGUGGAGUUCCUGGUGGCCGGCGCGCGCCAGCUCCGGCGCGCCCACGGCCACGCGCAGGACGGCCACGCGCGCUCCCCGGGGCCCGCGCUGGGGAAGCACGGCGGGGGGGACGGUGGCGGCGGCAGGCUGCACGGGGAGCAGCGGGGCGGCCGCGGCAGACCCAUGCUGGGCGCCGCCGUGCCCCCCAGCCUGGUGGCCCCCAGCCCGGGGGCCCCUGUGCUGGUGGCCCCCGGGCUGGUGGCCCCCGGGCUCCCCCACGGGCUCAUCACCGGCCUCACCGCCAGGACGGCCCCCAUGAGCGGCCCCAUGAUGUUCCCCGCGCCGGUGCUGGCCGAGAUGAGCCGGCGGCAGCUGGGCCUGGGUCUGGGGGUGUCGCCCUUCAUCACCACGGAGCUGGAGCGGGAGCUCAGCUCCCCCCACGGCCACGGCCAGAGCCAGGGCCAGCCCAAGACCCUGACCCAGGUCCAGAGCCACGCCGUGGCCGGCACCAGCACCAGCAGGAGCACCAGCCUCCCCUCCUCCUCCUCCUCCUUCUCGUCCGCCUCCUCCUCCUCCUCCUUCUCCAUGGCCGGAGGGGUGAGCCAGACCAGCCCCAAGCCGGCCUCGUCCCCGGCCCGGCAGCCGCGGCCCCCGGCCGCCAGGUCCGGCGGGGAGCCGCUGGGCUCCGGCACCUCCGCCGAGGCGGCCACCACCGCCGCUGCCUUGCCCAACAGCGGCGCCUCGGAGCUGGGCUCGGCCUCCGCCGGCAGCAACCUGUCCGCCGGGAGCAGCCUGUCCUGCACGCUGUGCCACGAGCGGCUGGAGGACACGCACUUCGUCCAGUGUCCGUCAGUGCCGGGACACAGGUUCUGCUUCCCCUGCACCAGGGUGUACAUCCAGAGUCGCCGCGGCGACGGCGAGGUGUACUGCCCCAGCGGCGAGCGCUGCCCGCUGGACAACUCCCCCAACAGCCCCCCCUGGGCCUUCAUGCAGGGAGAGGUCUCCACCAUCCUGGGCACCGGCGGAUCCGGGUCCGGCUCAGCCGCUCCACCCGGAGCCAGCACGGGGCCGGGGGCUGCAGCAACAUCUGGAGCGGGGGGUGGAGCAGCUGGAGGUGGAGGUGGAGCAGGAGGCGGGGACAUCACCGUCAAGAAGGAGCGAGAGACGUGAUGGUGAUUUCAAAGACAACCAACAUGCAGCGAAGCAACAGACUCGUAUCCGCGCAGGAGGAGGUGUGUACACUGGACUGCUGAGGGACCCACAACAGCCACGUCGGCCGCCCACAUCACGCAGGUCUCAACCCACUCACAGCUGAGUCCCGUCAGCGUCGCCAGGCCUCGGCAGCUCGCCCUGUCAAGCUGCAAAGACUGCUUUCACAUUUGUUUUGGGUUUUGUUUUCUCCUCUUAGAAAAAGGUAGCUUUUUUUUUUUUCCUGGAUCAUAUCGUAUUCAUGUGAAGAGAAUGUAAAGUUUAACUCCAACGACUGCUCUUACCAUUAGAUUGUUUUGCAUUGCACCUUUAGGACGUCUGGGGAAUGAUUUAUAUUGGCUGUUUUCAGUCCAGCAGAGUUCCCUGAGACGGUGACUAACAUAACGUAUGGAACUAGGUGCUUUUGGAUUCAGAUGAUCAGCUCUAAUCGACAGCCGGCUCUCGCUACAUGUUCUCAGCUAAUAAUCGUAGUUGAUUGUUCAUGCCCGAUGCAUCAAAGCCACGAAAGAAACAGAGUGAAACACCUGAAUUAUCCUCACUUCCUCCAAAUGAAAUGAACACCUUCGAAAUGAUUUGAAAGAUGCUUAAAAUCCCAAGAUCUCACCUCCUCCUCCCUGCCGAUCUAGUUUGCUCUGCUCUUCUGCUUCUGGUUCACAACCAGCGAGGUGAGCCGACGCAUCGCUGUCAACUCCAGACUUCUGAGAAUCAGGUCAAAGUAUCAGCAUUUUUAAACAUCUAAAUAUGUGCGUGGGUGCCCAGAUGAGCUGAAAGAUGCCAGUCUGAGUCCUCGGCGUGAGCUCGGUCGUAGCAGCAGCAGCCGCAGCAUCUAACACACUCCUAAGAGUAAUAUCAGGCAUGCGUUUGCUCCACAUGUGGAAACGGUAGCGUCGGUUGUUAACUAUCAUUAAACAUCGGCAGCUCAGACCCGACCUGCGCGGACGAACGGGAGCUCAGCAGUCGGGGACAAAAAUUAUCUGCUCGCACUCCGUCAGAGGAAAACAUGUUUUCCCUCUUUGAGGACAAACUCACCAGACACGACAACGUUUAGAUUUCAAAAAAAAAAAAAAAGUGACAUGAAAGUGGUGACAUUUCUCCGUGUGCCUCUACUAAUCGAUCUGAUGGGACUCAGAGAAAGUUUAUGGAAACAACCAGUUAAGCUGGUUCAACCAGCCACCAACACUCAGCAUUCGACUGUAUUUCAUACGCUCACAUACGAGUCCGGCCCACGCUUCACCCUGAAUGUACACUAGAAUAUCUAUCGAUAAGCCUAGGACUAUAUUUUCUACUAGAACCUUAAAUGUUGUAUACUGUAAAGAGAUGUAUCAGUAUAUAUGUGCAAUCCCUUAGUCAUAGUAUAUGCAACAGUUUGGAGUAUAUUAAGAACAAUUGUUUAUCAUUUCUUAGACCUUUUUAGGGGAAAAUCCACCUGAAAACCAAUAUUUUUGUUAAUUGUCAAGAUUGAAAUGAAUAAUUUUCUUCCCACAAAUGAACCCGAAGGUCAAGCAGACGUGUUGUGUAACUAAAUAAAUUGAUUGUAUUUGUUUUUUCUUUUUUUUUUUCUAAUUUGUAUUGAUACAUAAACAUGUUGCAGGGAUUUUAAGAGACUAAACUGAUGGAUUUGAUGCUGGUGACGUGUUUCAAUGAGGUGGUGCUCUGGGUUGAUCCUCUCUUCAUGUGCAGCAUCAGUACAGAAGCUCACACAAGCCAAAGGUAGUUUAUACCCACGUUGAUGCUUCUGGGUGGAAAUGUUUUAUGGGAGGGAGGUAAGAAAAAGAAAAACAUAUUUGUUUAUUUCCAGCGCUGAUUUUCCUAACGGAGCUGCUGCGGUUUACGGCGUCCUGCUGCGCUCGCUGCAGGGACUCGUGCAGGGUGGGUCUGUGGUGCAGAACUGUCUUUUAAGUAGAUGAUGCACUGAUACGUAAUGCAAUCCCUUGUUAAGUGCCUUUUUAAAAUGUUUACCAUCCGUAUGUGUCUGGGAUCCUCAGGGGAAGGAGGAGUGCAAUGAACUCUUUAUAGUCCAGUCAAUGAUUAACCCCGAUCUGUUUCCCCUCCGUCGCCAUCGGACGGCUUCUCCUUUCAUGUGAAGCCUUUGUAAAGUCGACCAGCCGCUUGUUGUUUUCUGUGCAUCCCUCUCUGUUUCAAGUUUCUUUUGUCCUUUUAUUUUGUGUAGGUCUGUUGGUUUUACUGCAGCUUCAUGUACAAAAUAGAAACCAGGAAUAAACGGGAUGGAAACUUGUA